AUGCCUAAAUUCAUUAACACAAAUGUGAGCAAGGAUAAAGUGCCAGAUUGCUUAAUAGAAGAGCUCACCCAGCAACUACCAAAAGCACUGGGCAAACCGGCACAGUAUCUAGCGCUACAGAUCUCUACUGAUCAGCUGCUGUCCUUCCAUGGCUCCAAAGACCCCUGCGCCAUGUGCUUUCUCUACAGCAUUGGCAAGAUAGGAGACCAGGAGAACAAGGACUAUUCCAAGCUGCUGUGUGAUCUGAUGAACAAACAUCUGAAAAUACCUGCAGACAGAAUCUACAUCAGCUACUUUGAUAUGAGUGCUGCCAACGUAGGCUGGAACCGUACCACCUUUGCUUAA